GCCACUAUAUCGCAUCGAGGUACUCAGGCAAGCAAAGAAGAAAUCUUCGAGGAAUCUCAAAAAUCCUUUGUCCAAAGAAUAAACCAGAUAUUUAAAUUACAACCCCGUAUUUAAAAUGAAGUCCGCAACUGUCGCAUUCGGCCUCUUCGCCGGCAUCGCCUCGGCUUCCUACAACCACCACCCCCGUCACUUCCACAACCCUCACUGGCGACGAAAUGACACCGCGGCCUCAACCACCCUAACCGUUGCCGUCACCUCUGUCCACACUAUCACCUCAUGCGCUCCUACCAUCACCAACUGCCCGGCCAACUCGGGCAACAGUACCGGCCCCGCCAUCGUUACUGAGGUUAUCGACCUGACGACCACUGUUUGCCCUGUCACUGCCGCUGGCUCCGUCUCCAGCUCCGUCGUUGGUGCCCACAGCAGCGGCCUCAUCACCGGUACUACCCGCACCGUUGUUGCCACUCCCACCUCCACCGGUAGCUCUUCGCCCGAGGGUACUACUCCCGCCGCGGGUGCCGGUGUCUCUUACUCUACUUCCGUCGGCACCGUCGACCAGACUGUGACCAUGACCCUGGGCCCCGAGAGCUCUCGAUCUGUUUUGGUCACCACCAUUAAGUCUACCCAGACUCAGCUCGUCACAGUCACCGCCGUCCCCACUCCCGGAUCUGGCUCUGGCUCUAACUCCGGCAGCGACUCCGGUGCCGGCUCUAGCAGCGAAGAGGGUACUACCACUACCACUAUGACUUCCACCGGCACCCGCACCGUGACUGUUGCUUCCGCGGGUACCUCAUCCGGUGUCAACGCCGAGGCCACCGGCAGCAACACUGGCUCUAACACUGGCUCCAACUCCGGAUCCGGCUCUGGAUCUGACUCUAGCUCUGGCGAGUGUGUUGCCAGCACUGUCACUGUUACUGAGACCCAGACUGUGGCCGCUUCCACCGUCUACGUCACUGCUCCCGCUGCCGAGGCCACCGGUGCCAAGGCCGUCGCCUCUGACGCCACCACCUCUGCUGCCGCUACUGCUACUGGCAGUGGCGAGGAAGACGACUGCCCACCUGAGGAGAGCAGCGCCAGCGGUGUCGUCACCGCCACCGCGACUGCUACUCUCGUUCCCUACCCCGCUAGCAACGGCACCGCGUCCGCUUACCCUAGCGGCGCCGCCAUCCCUACCGUCGUCCUACGCCACUAAAUCGAUCGCCUUUCGCAGAGACAGUAAACUGCAAAUAGGGAGGAGGGAAAAGUUGGCGGACGUUUUGUAAAAACUACGGAUUUAACCCGGAUCGCAUAAAAAACCCGAAACCUGUAGUAUAGCAAUGAACGAGGGACGACUGCAACGACGAUCAUCAUCACCAUUUUCUUGGUAUUUGGUUUUUGGAGAAAAAAGGGACGAAGGGCGGAGCUAAAGCUAAGAAGCAAGCAUCAAACAAAGUUUUUUAGGAUCAAUCUUGGGGAGAGGCGAAGGAAUUUAUUCUUUUUGGACAUAUGUUUGCGACCUUCCGGAAGCUUUUUGGAGAGAAAGUUUUGGACAUGUGUGCAAAAGGGGGAGACUCCGA